UCUCCCUUAAAUUUGGCAUUCUGGGAUGGAAUUCGCCAUCAAUCAGGAAAAGGGUGUUAAUCGCGAGAAAUCGAUUUUCGUCAUCAUUAUGGAACGACUGAAGCUUGAACGCAAUAAGUGAUUUGCAAUCAUUUUAGUGCAUUUCUUGAAUUAAACAACACGCAUUUUAUUGAUUAUAAGUGCAAUAAGGAGCAGAAUGACGAGCCAUCAAACUGUGCAAGAGAAACAAAAAUCACUGAAAGUGAAAAAAGCAAAGAGAAAACUGUUUAGGGCCAAUGAACCAUUGUUGAGUGUAUUCAUGUGGGGAAUUAAUCACUCGGUUAUGGAGCUGAAUCAUGUAACGAUUCCUGUCAUGUUGAUGCCAGAUGAUUUCAAAGCCUACACAAAAGUUCGGGUGGACAAUCAUCUGUACAAUAAUGUAGACUUGGAAACAGGGGAGAACAUGCCAAGUCAUUUCAAAAUAAAGGAGUACUGCCCAAUUGUGUUCAGAAAUCUACGGGAGCGCUUCGGAAUCGAUGAUCAAGACUAUAUGAACUCAUUAACCAAGCAGCCACAGGGUAUGGACUCACCAGGGCGCAGUGGGGCCCGCAUGCUACUGUCUCAUGACAAACGGUACUUCAUCAAAACUCUAGUCAGUGAGGAAGUGGAACAGAUGCACCACCUUCUCAAGCAAUAUCAUCAGCACAUCGUGGAGUGUCACGCUAACACGAUGUUGCCCCACUACCUGGGGAUGUACCGGAUCACGGUGAAUGACGUGGAGACAUACCUAUGCGUGAUGAGAAACGUGUUCAGCCCACGACUGCCCAUACACAAGAAAUAUGAUCUGAAGGGCUCGACUGUUGACCGAUGUGCCAGUGACAAGGAAAAGGCAAAGGAGUUGCCCACCUUCAAGGACAAUGACUUCUUGGAAGAUGAGGCUAAAGUUAACAUCGGGGCAGAGGAGAAGGCAGAACUGAUGAACAAACUGACCCGCGAUGUGAACUUCUUGGCCAGUCUGCACCUAAUGGACUACAGUCUGAUCGUGGGCAUCCACGACUGCGACAGGAUCGAGCCCGAGGGCUCGGACAUCAAUGCCCAGAAUAGCGAGUCUGACGGGGAGCCUGUGAGUGGGGAAGACGAGAACGGGCUCGAGGAACAGGUGCCAGACAUCGGCGGGUUCGCACCCACACCGCCCGACAGCCCGCAACCGUACGGGCCUGUGCCAGCAUUCAACGGGGACAUAGAUCCGAACAUUGAGAAGUUCGGAGUGAAGAGUUUGGAAGGAGGACCAAAGAAGGAGAUUUACUUCCUUGCACUUAUAGACAUUCUUACACGGUAUGGAAUGAAAAAGCGCACCGCUCUUGCCGCAAAGACGAUGAAACAUGGCGUUGGGGCGGAGAUAUCCACCGUUCAUCCCGAUCAAUAUGCAAAACGGUUCCUUGAAUUUAUCGACAAGUGUAUAGCGUGACAGUCGAAGCAGUCAAAGUGAUAUUUGUUUGUUAAGUGUUAACGUUUUUACAUGUUACAGGGGUGAGAUUUGUCCUCCUUUAAGCUGUCAGCUCCAUAACAAUGUAAAAAUGAUUUUACAAAUAGGUAUUAACAAUGCUGGAUCUAAAUACAAAUGAAGAGUUUAGUUAAAACCUGUAAGAGUGGUAGGGAAUUUUUCUCCGUUGAGGUGGUUCUUAAAUCACAACACUGAUGUUAGAAGUUUGUUUACCAGAGGGACAGAAACUAAGUUGUGUACGGUAGGUUGCCGAGACGGGUAACUAUCCUUAGUACAUUGGUUGACUGGGCAAAAAAAAAGGAGCCCAGACCGGUAACUAUCCUUACAUUGGUUGACCGGGCAGAGAAAAAGGAGCCCAGA